AUGAAUCGUCUGGAAGAAGCCGAAUCGACGCCAAAAAAGCGUAACCCGAAGCAGCAGCCGGAGGCCGUUGCCAAAGAUGCCGUCACAAAGUCCGGUCGAAAGGUGAAGCGUCCAGCACACCUUGAUUCACCGGAACGGGUACUGAGUGCUUCACUAUCUUCCGAUGCGAGAAAAUCCGUUGCUGCACGGGCACACAAAGCCACCGAACCAGCGUACACAACAACUCCCAGCAAACGUACGGCAACUAAAGAGCAAGUAGGCUCCCCGGAAGAGCUACACGGUUCUCGCAAAACUAUCGCUUCGACCAAAAAAACACACCCUGGCAAACAAUUGGAAGCAACUCCCAAGGGGAAGUUAGCAAAGGAAAGCAUCGUGGAUGACAGCGUCGGUAUCUCAAAGUCGGGCCGCAAGAUAAAAAUACCGGCCAAACUAGCGGAGUUUGACAGUGAUUUGUUGAGCAGUCCGUCGCGUAAGAACAUUGUGCCCGACGAGGAUGAGCCUACCAAGGACAAGCCGACAAAAACACCUGGCCGUGCAAAGCCGGCGGUGAAAAACAUUGCUGUGAACGACGAUGAUGAAGAAGAGAACAACAAAAGAGCCGCCCGAAAGACACCGGGCCGUCGGGCAAAGUCUGUUGCACUUACCGACCAGCCGGAUGAAGAGAACGUUUCAACACCCAGACGAAGAGGGUUAACGUCCUUGUUGCAGAAAGAGGAGCAACCUGCAGAACCAUCUCAUGCCAAGACACCGGGAAAACGGGUGGAAAAAUCUUUCCUCGGUACAGCUGCAAACACACAGCUGAAAACACCCGGACGUCGGGCAAAAUCGAUGGCACCAGUCGCAGACGCGACGGAAGAAAAAGAGUUAAAAACGUCCGUAAAAAUAAUACAAACACCGGGGCGACGUGCUGGCAAAUCAAUCGUGAACGCUGAAGAAAAUUCCAAAUCAGCUCGCGAUGAAAGUCCGGCCGUUGAACAAGUCACUGUUCCGAAAACACCGGGCCGUAAGGCCACCAAAUCAAUGGUCCCUACUGCAAGUGUAGAAAGUCCGACCGCGCAGGGUGCCACUACAAAAACUCCAGGCCGUCCUCGUCUGUCAAAAUCUAAUGCAACCGACAAAAUAGAAUCUAGCAGAAAUUUAGUCAACGUAGACACAGCCUUACACUAUACCGGAACUCAGGCGUCCGGGUCUUCAGCAGAACUUUUAUCGCGUUCCGGGCGGAAGAUAAAACCGAAAAAAGUGUUUGAUUUUGAGCAUGAUGUAAAAACUACUGAACAAACAGCUGACGGCAGUAAGAAACGGAAGGUGGAAAACACGGAAGAAUCUUCCAUCGACACAACGAUGCUGUCCCCAAUGAGCAGGAAAGCCACGGCAUGCGUGGAUGAUGCUCAACAAACACCGAAGCAGAAAAGCCGGCAAGCUUCCCAAACGGAUAAUGAUGCAUUGGUAGAUGGAUCUAUUUCCCGAUCAGGAAGAAAAAUAAAGCCUAAGAAAAUGUUUGGUUUCGAAGAUGGAGAAUCUUCGGCCGACCUUCUUCACAUAACCGGCGCGUCUCCUACGGUGGACAAAAAACCUGCUGGUGGUGAUAAAACAGCAAAAGCAAAAUCCGUAAGCACACCAGCAAAAGCUCGAGCUGCUUCUUCUGUCGAAACCGAUCGUGGAAUAGAUGAAGCGGGCGCGAAACAAUCGUUCAUCACCAGGCGAGGCGUUGACGAUCAUCAUCGCGGGAAGCUUCAACACUCGCUUGACGAAGCGGAUCAUGCCGUGGCUGGUUCGGAACCGAUGAUUAUUCGUACGUCUAUUGGAUUUGGUAAACCAAAGGUGCAAAAUCAGACACCAUCGCUACAAAGAGCGGAAGGAGACGAUGAUGAUGAAAACAUAAAGCGUGCGAUGGACUCUGCUCGGCUUGUGGGAAACAGUCGCUCCGAUACAACAACAUCAUCCAACCAUCAACUGGCUGUUACGGUUAAGGGAAAGCAAACGGUGCGAUCAUCACCAGAGCAAAAAGCUGACGAGGAACAGACACCUGAAGAAAGCUGUGCAACCAAUUCAUUGGUGGAAAAUGCAGAUACCGAUGAAAUGAUGGCAACCGAUGAGGCAGGAGUUGACAUUCCAGAAGGACCUGUUAAAAUGUUUGCCACGGAAAAUGAACCACCCAUUAAGAAUAUAACCGAGAACGAUGAAGAACAAAUGCCGGAACAAGAGUCAAACACUGCAGAGUCGGACAGUAACGGUAUGGAUGUGGAACCGGAAAAAGAUCUCGUUGAUGUGGAAAAGGACCAGGAAGCAGAGGUAGCUAUAAAUGAUUCACAGAUGGUUGAGCAAAAAGCAGAAGAUGAACCGGAAAAACAACAAACGGAUCGAGAAGAGGAAGGAUGUUUCGAUGAUAAAAAUAACCUGUUAAACAAUGUUACUCUUCCAGAUGUUAUGAAUUCCGAUGGAUCAGAGUCAGUUGCCCAACCCGAUGCAACGGAGGAAAAGGCAUUGCCAGAAGUUUUAAUGGAAAAUAGUACUGAAAAGGAUGCAGAAGUGGCACAAUGUAAAACAACCGAUCGGGAGGACACUUCCAUAGCCAACAUUGAGAGUGAAGCAAAUGGAUCUGCAGAACCGAAGGACAACAUCAAAACAAUACCACACGACGAAGAUGUAUCAGUAGCUGGUGCUGUUGAUGAUAUCCAGCCGGAGAUGGUGGAGCAGACCAGUGAGGUUGUAGUACCUACCGAUGAUAUCAAUGCCUCGACCGCAAUACAAAACGAUGCUGAAAUGCUGGAAGAAACACCUUUUGGAGACAUCGAAUAUUUGGAGGAUGAGAAAAGUAAUAUUGUGGAGCACAUUCAAAAGCCUUCUUCCCCGCAUGAAGGACUGUCGGUUUCAUCUUCAUCGCUUGAAGAAGCUGUUACUAACCACACUACAUUAUUCCCAACUGUUGUACCUUCGAUUAUAAUCGUUCAAGAAACACCUCACGCGCUGAAUGAUACAUUUUCACCUGUAAUACCAAGUCGGGGAAUUUCUUCCAGUGGCGUUACGGUUAUCGAUAUAACUGCGGAUACACCUCGUCCAGCAGUAGCAGCUGCGGCACCUCGCACACCCGAUUCAAAGCUACUGACAGGACAGGAAGCGUCGGACAAAUGCUCUCCCGAUAAGCCACCGGAAGUGAUCGAAAUAAUCGAUAGUCCAGCAGUGGCGGCGUUUUGUAAGCAGAUCAACGACCAACCCGGCGCAGAGGGUGGCAGUGCCACAAGCACCCCUUUAGCCGUAAGGUCCGUGCUGUUGCAAUUCAAUCAGGAAUUUGUUAAUGAAGAGCAGCAGGAGCCGGUGGAGCAAAACGAGGGACGCAAACGAUCACUUUCAGCCAGCGCAGCAGACAUGACAAUGAAACGGAAUGUCACCUUCCACAGUCCGGCCAACUCUACCAUGCUGGUGGAAACCAUCGACGAGCGAUUGAUGCUGAAAAGCCUGCAGGAGCAGCAGCAACAGCAACAAGACACGAUCGAGCGCAGCAGCUGCUCGAAAGGCAUUGGGGAAAAGCUGCGCAAACCACGCAACCGUUCGUUAUCAGAACAUAAGCCAUCGGAAAUGAAGCGCAAAAAGGUCAGCAAGCUGCCGAAUUUUAAGUCCAUUCACGCGAAUCAUUUCAAUCGUAUGGAAUCGCUUGCCGAGUUCAUGAAGCGCAAGGAGUCACGCGCCAAACAGAUCCUUUCGUCGUGCGGUUCAGCAUCGAAGCUGCUCUCCAAUCCCAGCACCAUAACGACGGAUGCUGUGGAAAAACCUUCCGAUGGUAAGUGUAAAUCGGCGAUCAAGAAAGUCCCACCGCCGACCACGAAACCAUUCGUUUUCAAAUCCGCUGGCGGAGGAGGAAUACCGGUGCCAUCGUCGGGAGUGGUCGCCGGGCUAUUUGUAAAGCGUACCAAGGAAGCACCGAUGGCAGCAAAGGCUGGGUCCGAAGGAUCGGGCGAGCAUCAUCAUCAAACACUGUCUGCAACGGCAACGGUUGCCCCAGCCAGCGUCGCGAAGAAACCUAUACCAAGCGAUACGGAGCGAAUGGCUAACCGGUUAAAGCAAUUUCAGACCACUUUUAAACCGAAACAGAUGGCUACCGGUAUGGGUGAUAAUACUGUUAAAGGACCACUGUCCAGCACGGCAAGCACUAGCCAUACCACGGUCGGUGGUGAGCGUCCAGUGGAUCAAUUAAGGUCGAAGCAGUCGAAAAUUCUGAAGGGUGUGCGUACGAAUCGACGGUUCGAGCUGCAGAUGAAACAUCGGGACAAUGUUCAACAUAAGUGAACA